AUGAUUUUCACCCACCAAAUGAAUUGCGUCACCAAACUAGUCACGUCGAUUGUUUAUAUCUCGCUCAACCCACAACAAACUUUUGCUUUGCGCGAGUCGCCCCAGGAUAUACGGAAACGUCUGCUGGCGACAUGAGAAACGACCUUCGUGUCAUGUGGUGGAAUAAAAGAUAUUCCGACAGUUGGUUCACGCCGAACGUGAACGAGAACGAGGACGGGGCGGUGGUGUUGCAUACUCCACACCACCGCAUUCCCGUGUUUGAGCAAUCAUUGCUCAAAAAGAAAUGCGUGUCCAUCGCCGAUGGUGGACGUUCAUCCCACCCGAACGGUAUCUUAACGAUACUAUCGGAUUUGUAA